ACUAUGCCCGUCAUGGCUGCCGGCGCGGUGCUGGCGCUGUGCGCUGUGCUGGCCGCCGGCGCGGGUCCCGGGACGGUAGGCGCGGAGUCGCUUCGGGCCGGGGGCGUCCAGGGCUCGCGCUGCGCGGCCCGGUGCCUGAGUCUGCGGCUGUUGCAGAACAACGGUUCCCUGGUUUGGUGCCAGAAUGACAAGCAGUGUUCGACGGUAGGAUUCCUAGACGUGGAUGCAAUCCAUUGUCUGGAGCCCUGCAAGCACCCAGGGGAGCUGGAGACGCAGUCAUGUCAGAGCUUCUGUGAGCCACUGUUCCCCGUGUGGAGCCACGAGUGCCUGAGCAGCUGUGCCUUUGUCCGCUCGGCGCUGGCGGCCAAGCAGGGGACGUGUCCGGCGCCGACCCAAGCCAGCGGCUUUGCAGCGGCCUGCGUGGUCAGCUGUGAGGCUGAUGCCGAGUGCCCCGGGGGCCGGAAGUGCUGCCCCAACGGCUGUGGCCGCACCUGCCAGGCGCCCCGGGGGGCCUUCCGAGGGGUCCCCCUGAAACCCCGGAGGCAGCUACGGCUCAGGGAGCUGGGGUCAGGGCCCUUGGAGGUCCAGUGGUCGUCCAGGUUCAACGUCUCCCUAGAGCCCGUGGUGUACGUGGUUCAGCGCCGGUGGAAUUAUGGGAUGGUGCCCAGUGAGCGUGGGGCCACUGCGUGGGAGACGGUGGCCCAGACCACAGACCAGCGAGUCUGGCUGCCCGAUGUCCGGCCCGGCCGCUGGUACCAGUUCCGAGUGGCCGCCGUCAACGUGCACGGCACCCGGGGCUUCACCACUCCUGGCAGGCACUUCCGGUCAUCCAGAGCUCCGUCGGCCCCACCGGCUCCGGCCGACCUUCGUGUGCGGAACUCCACGGUGCGCGACGCCGACGGGACCGUGGCCGCCACCGUGGCCUGGGAGCCCCCAGAGGACCCUGACGUCCCCGUGCACCACUACAGGGUCUCCUGGGGCCACGCGACCGAGGGGCAGUGGCGGAGGAAGACGGUGGACGGGCGCCGGAGUUCAGUGACCCUGCAGCGCCUGCGCCCCAGUGGCGUCUACACCGUGCAGCUGCAGGCUGUGAGCCACUGGGGGCCAACGCGGCUGCGGGGCCCCAAGGCCGCCCUGCGCUUCACGGCCUCCGGUGGUGAGUGAUGUUGCCGGACACCGGAAGUCCCGCCCACUCCCGCUCAUGGUGAGUGGCAUUUCCGCACACCAGAAAUCCCGUCCACGUACUUAUACUCACGGUGAGUGACGUUUUCUGCACACCAGUAAUCCCGCCCACUCCCGCUCAUGGUCAGUGAUGGUCAGGACACCGGAAGUCCCACCCACUCCCUUCCGCACACUGGAAGUCCCUGUGACAGCUCCUGCCUCUUUUAGAGCUGUCGUCAGAUGUGAAUGUCAUUCUGAUUGACAUGUGUCUAUCACCUUCACAGAUGUAUGGUCCCCACAGGGCUCCAGCUCCAGUGCAAGGGAUUGACAGAAUCAGCAUCACUCGGACUUCCCAGGAGCCUUUGCAGUGAGCGCUUCUGUCAAUCAUGGGUCAUCAGCAUUUUGAAUGGACUUCCCAGAAGCCUUUGCGGGAAGGGCUCUUGUCAAUCAUGCGUCGCCAUGGAGAUGCCUCAUGGACUUCCCAGAAGCCUUUGCAGUUGGGGCUCCUGUCAAUCAUGCGUCACCAUGGAGACGCCAAGAGGACUUCCUAGAAGCCUUUGUAGGAAGUGCUCCUAUGCAGUCAUGUGUCAUCUGCAUGCCUAAUAGACUUCCCAGAAGCCUUUACGGUUGGGGCUCCUGUCAAUCGGUGCACAGUUCCAACUCACACACGCAUGACUGCCACAUCCAUGAACAUGCAUGUGCGAACCUGGCUACAUACGUGUGCACCCACACACAGGUCCGGGGUCACGACCUUUGAUGGAGAAGCAGCCGCGUGACCCCAGGGUCACAACCUUUGAUGGACAGGUGGCCGCGUGACCAUGUGACUUUUUUUUUAUUUAUUUCUCAUCCCUCCCAAGUGGGCCAUGUGGAAAAUCGCAAGAUGGCUUUCCUGUUGCCCGGUUA